UGCGGGCGGGCGGCGCAGGCGCGGAGCUGCGUGCUGCGGGGUGNUGGAGCCGCGGGCCCUCGCCCCGCCACGCAGCGCCCGCUGAGGCCCGGCCGCCGCCACCGCCACCGUCCCCGGGGAGAUGGCCACCGAGCCCCCGCGGCCAGCGGAGGAGGCCGAGGCCCAGCCGCCGCUCGGCGCCGCCCCGGGCCCGGCGGCGGCUGUGGAGGGCGGCGGGCGGCGGCGGGGGCUGAACGGCUGCGUGCCGCUGUCGCACCAGGUGGCCGGGCACAUGUACGGCAAGGAUAAAGGCGGUAUACUGCAGCAUCCAGACGGGACUGUCCUGAAGCAGCUGCAGCCACCACCUCGAGGUCCCAGGGAGCAGGAGUUCUACAACAAGGUUUAUGACUCCGACUGUUGCGACAGCAUUCUUCUGGAGCUGCGGGAGUAUCUGCCAAAAUACUUCGGUGUCUGGUCACCACCUACUGCACCAAAUGAUACGUAUCUAAAACUGGAAGAUGUGACCCGUAAGUUUAACAAGCCUUGCAUAAUGGACGUAAAAAUAGGGCAGAAAAGUUACGAUCCGUAUGCUUCAGCUGAGAAGAUACAGCAGCAGGUCAGCAAGUACCCACUGAUGGAAGAGAUUGGCUUUUUGGUACUUGGCAUGAGGGUUUACCAUGUCUCUUCUGACAGCUACGAGACGCAAAACCAGCACUACGGAAGGGGCUUGACGAAGGAAACAGUAAAGGAUGGCAUCGCAAAGUUUUUCCACAAUGGGUACUGCUUGAGAAAAGACGCGAUCGCUGCCAGCAUUCAGAAGAUUGAAAAAAUUUUGGCGUGGUUUGAGGGCCAGAAGCAACUCAACUUUUAUGCAAGCUCGUUGCUGUUUGUUUACGAAGGUUCGUGUCAGGCAACAACCGUGCGGCUGAGCGAUGUCACCUUGGCAGAGAAGAGGGGAGUGCCCAAAGGACUGUUAUCAGGUGGAGACAUACUGGAGUAUAAUAAUAAUAUUCACGUAAUAAAUUCUACAGAGAACGGAAAAAUUGAGGCCUCCGUAAGUAAAGGCUUGUCCAAAUUUUAUGCACUUCACAAAAAGGCAUACUCUAAGAGGCACCACAGUCAGCUCUCGCUAAAAGUUGAAACCUUGGAGCAAGACAACGUGUGGAAGAGCAGCACUUGCAUCACACAGGAGCAUCUGAACGGAAACGUUAUACCCCAACUGGAAAAAGUUUUCUGUCACAUGCCAGCUGAGAUCAAGGAAAGCGUAAACGUAGAAGUGCGGAUGAUAGAUUUUGCUCACGUGUUUCCUAGCAACACAAAGGAUGAGGGCUACAUUUAUGGUCUGAAAAAUUUAAUCACAGUACUUCAAAAUAUUUUGGAUAACUAGAUUCUUUGUUAUGGUUUUUACUGGGGGCCAACGAUAACGAAGAGCAACAACAUGACGAAUUUCUGCACUUGUAAUGCUGUAUAACUGGGUUUGUAUUGUUCUACUCUAUUUUAUUUGUCUUUGUACUUUUGGUAGAAGGGUUUAACUUUUUAUAAUCUCACUCAGGAAAAUAAUUGGUAGUUAAUUGGGGAAUGCGAAAGGGUGAAGAUACUUGAGAUUAUGCAGGAUAGGCAAAUUGGUAGGAUGCAGCGUAUUUGGCUGGCUGAAAUCCAAGGAGUACAGUCGUACAAUAAGCAGGGGUUGUGUUAGUUCCCAUAACGACUUCAGCUUAGAUAACAUUUGCCCACUUAGCCUUGACACUGAGCCAUAUCUCCAUUAACAGGUUUUUAGAAAACGGACUGAAAACUCUGAAGUACGGGACUGACGUCCUCAGUACUGCCCUCUUGUGUUUACUGUACUCGAAUAACUGGAGUUAACCCUGCUUUGAGAGAAAUCCCGUUUAGAUGCAGCCAUCUAACCUGGGCACCAGCGUAUCAAAAAGUGCUUCUCAACGUAACGGGGCGAUGUCGCUGUGCUAACCCUGCUGUGGGCGCUUCCCUCUCGGUGGUUGUCUGUAGCCGAUGUUCAUUGCAGGCAAGCUGUGAUGUAAUUUGUGUUGAGGUGCUAAGAAAAUGCUGGACUAAAAUGUGGUAACAGGUUUAAACUGCACAACUGCUAGAGAAACGUUGUUUCUGAGAAAGGGGGAAGAAAAAAAAAUGAGCGUGAGAUAUUCCAGGAACUAAUUUGGUUUAGGAGAUUAAGUCAGUCUGUUACUGGAGCGUCUGAUGUUGUGACUAAGGGAAAUGCUUCACUCCUUUGUUCUGAUGGCCCUUCUCCAAAAACGUUGCUUUUAAAAGCAAACUAACUGAACAGGGAGACGAAGCAUUUUGCGUAAGCAUACAGAGAUUUCCUCCAGCCGUUUGCCACUUGUAUUCUUGCAAGAAGCAUUCCAGGUUCCCACCGCUGGGGAGCACAGCUGGAAGCGAUGAGCGAUGCGGAUGAAGGACCCUGUGCUGUGAAGACCCAGUCCGGCCCUGGAGCAACCAGAGACGAACCUCGGCGGGUUUCAAUGGAGUCGUGGUUCUGUUACCCUGGGCUAAAGCAGCUUUUUUUAUUACUAUUAACACCCAAGCAAGCCGUAUGGUUUGAAAGUUGUCCCACUUGCUUCUUUUUCACAGGAAAAAUUCAGGCUUUCAUAUGGAAUACUUGAGACUGGGAUGAUGGUGUGUCGCCUCUGUACGCUGUGUACGUGGCUGUGUAGUCAGCUAUAGACAAGUCAUAUCGGAGCGCGAUACGUCAAGUAAGAUUUUAAUGCUUUAAGCAAGCCCCACGAGUGAAACUUUUUAGAAUGGAUUCGGUCAUUGGCGACAUACAGCUUUUAAGCGUGGACUUAAUGUGGCGUUGUGGCCUUGCUGCUCUCUCUGUGAUGUUCUGCACUAUGCACUCAGCUGCGUAUGCAGCUUUGCAAGUUCUCGAUUUGACAUCUGUUUCCUGUGUCAGAGACAAACGCUUUUCGAACAAAUACGCUGUUUUAAAUAAAGCUGAGAUUUUAGCUCUGUUUUAGAUCCUGGGUUAAUCGGAAGAAACAGGGUAUCACGUGCAGAACUACGUUAUGUAAGUGGUAGAGCUAAGAUUGGCCAGUGCACUGAGGAAUCGAAGCAAUCAGUUAGCAACACGAUGUUCUGAACACGGGGAAAGAUGCUUGCAGGAGGGGCAGUAUCAUUGUGUUGAAUUUUUUACUCAAAUUAUGGUGAAGGCUGAGGAGAAAUUAUCAGGAAGAUAAAGUAUUUUUUCCACCUGGUAUUUCCGUUGCACUAUGUAGUUAAUAUAUUCCCAACUCUCUGUGAACUAAUUUAGCCAUAUUCUAGGAAGAGUUGGUGGUUUUGUUUGCUUUAAUGCUGGUUUGUGCGUUAUGAUCUUGUUGUUUUAUCCCGUAACUAGUCAACACUAGGGUAGUCUAGGCUGGUAGUGG